AUGAGUAGCCGCCACUAUCACGCCUCCAGGGCGGCGGCUGCUCAGCAACACCAGGCCCAGCAGGAUGCCGCCGUUGCCCAGGCUCUGGAGAUCGCCCGGGAGAGCCCAGAUGGUGCUUCGGACCCAACUGUCAGCAAGAUCCUGGACUUGGCUCUGUCCCAGAUCUGGGGAAAGGUUGAAGCACAGCCCGACGCAUACGUUAUGACCCGUGAUGAGUUUGCCGUCUUCAACUUUUUCCAGCACCGCUUCCAAGGCAACAACACGGCUGUCAAGGCUCGCAAGCGGUACUGGGACCACGCUCGGGCAUGA